AUGAACAAGCUGACUUUGUCGAUUAAAUAUGUCCAAACAUAAUUUAAAAUUUGCUUUUAAGCAGAUAAAGACACAAUUAUCGGAGAACUAAAAUAAUUUUCUGUUGACCGUCUGAGCAAGCUUUAAAAAGUAAAAGUGCUUGUAUUAUUCCUUUAGCUAGUAAAAGUCAAGUUCGAUAACAUACCUUUGAAUUUUGAGGCUAAAAAUUACUUAUUAAAAGACACUUAGGACAGUAUUUUAGAUGAUGAUGAUCUAGUGCUAGAUUUGAUUAAAGAUAAUGAAACAAUCCACUUAGUAUUCAUUCCUUCCUUAAAUAAUACUGUUACAUAAUAAUAACCAUAAACAUAACCAUAAUAAUAACCAUAAUAAUAAUAAUAACAAUAACAAUAACCAUAACCAUAAACAUCAUUACUUUCAUAAUUCUUAGCACAUCCAUAUCCAACCUCUGGACUUAACUUUAAGAAUCUAGCCUACUAGGUAAAAAAACCUAAAGCAAUUCCACUAUAAGCUUCAUAACCUGUUGCUAAUCCACAAGUUUAAAUUACUACUUCAGAUACAUUAUUAAAUAAUGACUAAUUAAAAGAAUUACAACAGAAAUUUUAUUUAGAUACUUAAAGCAUUGAGAAUGUUUAAUAGAUAGGAGAAUUAGAAUUGCUUUUAAGAUUUAUCUAAUCUAAAGAUAUCACAAAGACCUAUAAACUUAAAUGUAAUUUAGAAGACUCCUUAAUAAAAGUGUCUGAAAUGGUGUGCAAUGGUUUAUAAUUAUAAAAUGAUCAUGUAGCCUGCUUCUAUAGUUUAAGUGGGCUUCCAAUUUGUGCAUCCUUAAAUUAAAUGCAAAAUGUAAAGGUUUCGGAAUCAUUAAAUUGUUUAAAGAAUAAAGAAAUAUUUGUCAUAAUUACAAAAUGCAAAGUAGGAUAACCUUCUUUGCCUAAGAUAGAUUCAGAGGUAGGAGAAUAAUAGAUCUUUAUUCAAUAUUCUGGGUCUAAAUCCAUCAAAGUGAAUAUUUUGACAACAACUGUAUUAGAAUUAAAAUAGAAAAUAUAUCAUAAACUCAAUAUUCCAACUACAUUUUAAUAAUUACAUUAUGUGGGUAAAGUGUUGGAUAACACAGGCACAUUACAAGAUUACGGAAUACAAAAUUUAAGCAACAUUAUCCUAACAUUUAAGGCCUUGGAUUCUUAUCCAUUUUAAUAAAGUUAUAAUUAUAAUUUUCAUCUUCCUUGGAUGAAUCAUCUAAGAGAAUAAACUCAGAUCGGAUUACAAUAAUUUAGAUCAGUUUCACUAGUAUUCUUUUCUAAGCAAGAUGAUCCAAAGAUUAUGGCAGUGAUAAGGAAGGUUUCAAUGAACAAUGCUCCCCUUGUAUUAGCAUGUAAACUAUUCUCUCAAAAUCUGAGAUCUUCUUAAUUAUAAUGCAUAGCAUUUGAAGUAGGUAUGUAACGUGUUAUGUUUGAUCUAAUCAUUUCAAGUCAGACUGUACCUGAAACAUUCUAAAUUAACAAAACAUUUGAAUAUUCAAGAUACUUUUAUGAAUAAUUAUUGAAUUGGUCAUUGAAAUUAAAUUAAGACCAGGCUAAGUUAUAAGAAAGAUACAGAUUCAUUGAUUCUAUAUGUAACAUUACAUUAAAGAAAAUUAAUAAUCCAGCUUAUUUGUCAUAAGUAACGGAAGAAGAUAAAAUUGAUUUUGGAACUUGUUUAUUAGUUGAUUAUGAUCAAAUGCAAAUCAAAAUUUAAAAUAAUGAGGUUUAUUAAAAACAGAUUCCUUAUGCACAACUAAAAAUAUUAUAGCCAGAUUAAUUAUUAGAGGAUUUUGAUUUAAUUAUGUUGUAAGAGAGGGAAACGUUGAUUUGGUUACCAUCAGCAUUUAUUGAUUUUAAUGAUAAUAAAUUCGAAAUAACAAAUGCUUGGAUUUAGAAUAAAGUAGUAUCUAGUCAUUAAUCUUUAAAACUGUAUAGUGGAAUUGAAUUAAAAAAUUUAUAGACCUAUCCUUUAUUGACAACAAAAAAAUCAGAUGAAUUUUUAAUUUAUUCAGGGUGCAAUAAGGAUGUCAAGUAACCAAUACUCAUAUUUAAUGUGAUGACUGGUGAAUCAACACCUAUGAACCCAGAUAAGUUGGCUCUUCUAUAAUAAAUUGGUUCUAUGCCUUAAGAUGAUGAAGAUGAUGAUUCUGAAUAAAAUAAGGAAAAGGUGAUGGAACCAAAGAUUACUAAUCCUCCUAAUGAGGCAAUUGUAGUUUUACUUGACAUAUCAGGUUCUAUGGAUGAAUUAUAUUAUGACAGUGAAGAUCUGACGAGAAUGGGAGUUGUUAAAGCAUUUUUCAGUACAUUUGCUGAUAGAACUAUGGCUUAUGAUUUGAAACAUGUUAUCUCUUUGGUCUAUUUUGAUAACAGAAUCAUUGAGAAAUGCUCAUUUACAGAACUCUUUAUAUUGUUUAAAGAUUUAGUGAAUAAGGCCCAACCUACUGGUAGAACUAAUCUAUACAGGGCUUUGAAAUAUGCUGAAAAUCAAUUAUUAAAAUUCAAGUAAACAUAUCCAAAGUGUUUGUUAAGAAUUAUUGCUUUGACAGAUGGAUAAGAUAAUGAUAACCAUCCUUUGGAUCCAAUAAAGGUUGCUGAAUCCAUACUGAAAAAUGAAAUUCUAUUAGAUUCCUUUGUUGUAUCAGAUGAUUGUACAGAUCUAAAGAAAAUAACUAAGGCCACUGGAGGACAAUGUUUCUCUCCUUAAACUAUACAAGAAGGAUUGAAACUAUUUGAAUUUGAAACUAUUUUGUCUGCUUCAAUUAGAUAAAAGUAAAAUAAAAUAACCCUGAAACAAUUAAGAGACACUUUUAAAUUGAAAGAUUCAUAAAUUGAAUUCGAUAAAGUCCCUAUAGCCAUCAAUCUGCCAAAUGAAUUAAAUCAACAAUCUAUGCAUCCUUAACAACUUGUUUAGGAAAUCGUUUAAGAUUAAAAUAAGCUAUUCUAGUAUGCAUCCAAUAACUCAUUAAAGAGAGUGAUAAAAGAGAUUUUGAAUUAUGAAUAACAUCCUCAUCCACACAUCAAAAUAUUCCCAUGUCAAGGGAAUGUCUCAUUUUGGAAAAUUAUUCUGUUGGGUCCAGAAUCAACACCUUAUGAAGGAGGGGUCUACAUACUUUAUCUACAAUUUGAUGAAAGUUAUCCAAUCAAACCUCCCAAUCUGAGAUUCCUUACCCCAAUCUAUCAUUGCAAUAUCAACUCUCAAGGAAGAAUAUGUCAUAGCAUCUUGGAUCGAAAUUACACCUUAGACACAACAGUACUUUAAAUAUUCUAGGCUAUUUUCGGCUUAUUGAUGACUCCAGAACCUGAUGAUCCAUUAGACACAACUAUUGCUUCUGAAUAUUUGGAAAAUCUACAAUAAUAUUAGAUUAAGGCCAAAGCUUUUACUCAAGAACAUGCCAAGAAGCCAUUAGAUGAAGUAAUCACCUAGAUCAUCGGUGUAAAAAGUGAACAAAAUUUAAGUGAUGCUGAAAUGCAAGCCAAAAUAGUAGAAAUCAACAAAUGGAUUCACGAUCACAAUAUGGAGAUUGAGAAGUAAAAUAAUGCUUAAAAAUAAUGA